UUGCAAAAGCUCCAGCCGCACGGGCAACUAUGUGUAUUUCAAUUCGCGAAACAAGCAUCAUCCACGUGGGCUCGGCUUUGGCGGCCAGGAGGGGUUCUGCAGGUUGUGGUUAGAUGCAGACUUCGAGGACUGCUAUGUUCUUGAGUCGGACGCGACUUACACAGCUGGAAGGCUUCUUCCAGCGGAGGGAGGCCUUCAAACCCGUUUCGACGUCAUCAACGUAGAGGUGUGGGGAUGCGGAGGUGUAGAAGCUGCCAAAGCACAAGCAGCACAGCGAGAGCGGCUGGAAACUGCACGAGAGCAAGCCCGCAAGGUGGACAAGGCUCGACUCUGUGAUAACGAGUUCGACAAGGAGAUGCUCUUGGCCAACACCUUUUCGGCAACUGCCGGCUCGCGAGAGCCAAAUCCGAAAGAGGACGAGUCAACAUCUUGA